AUGUCUUCCGACCUCUUUCCCGGCUUCUCUUCUCAGUACGUCACCACCGCUCACGGUGCCCGCAUCUUUGUCCGCGUCAGCCCAACGCAGGACAAACCUCCUCUUCUCCUCGUCCAUGGGUUCCCCCAGACCCAUGCUGAAUGGCACAAAUUGACGCCGCUGCUCACUCCGCAUUUUACCGUCGUUCUUGUUGACCUUCGUGGCUACGGGGCCUCCUCCAUUCCCGCCAGUGCCAAUGGCUCUGGCUAUACCAAACGCCUCAUGGGCCAGGAUUGCCUGUCAGUGAUGGACCAGCUCGGGUACGCGAAUCAGAGAUUCGCAGUUGUGGGACAUGAUCGAGGAGCUCGCGUCGCCUACCGCCUUGCCUUUGAUAACCCCGAGCGGCUGUCGAAGGUCGUAGUUGUCGAUAUUGUUCCGACGGCGGCUAUGUUUGCACGGUUCGGGAACCCCACUGCGGGGCUAAAGGCGUACCACUGGUUGUUCCUUGCGCAGCCCGAACCGUUCCCCGAGAAGAUGAUUGGCAAGGAGGAUAAGGGAAGGCUGUUCCUUGAGCAGGCACUGUCUUCCUGGACGGCGGCGGGGACGUUGCAGGCUUUCAGCGAAACAGCGAUGGAGCGGUACCGGGAGGCGUAUUGCGAUGAGCAGCGGAUCCAUGCGACAUGCGAGGAUUACCGGGCGGGCGCUUACUUCGACCGGGUUUAUGAUGAAGAAGACCUCAAGAAGGGCAAUAAGAUCCGGGUCCCGGUGCUGGCUGUUUGGGGGGAGGAGGGCGGGUUCACGGGGCCGAAGAAGAGUGAAGCCAAGAAGGUGCAGGAGGGGCCGUUGGACGUCUGGCAGCGGUACUGUGUGGAUCUACGGGGCAAAGGGCUAAACUGCGGGCAUUUUAUCCCUGAAGAGGAUCCCCAGGCGCUGGCUGAUGAAAUUCUGCAAUUCCUAUUAUGA